ACCUGAUCGCACGAAAAGACAUGGCCUCCAUAAAUAGCAGGACACAGGAACUCGUGUUUAUGGGAUUGUGUAGUCGUAUCGGGAUAUCAAAACAGUUAGCCAUGAGAAGGGAUGUUCUAGAUAUGAGAGAAUUGAUAGAAAAUCAGACUAAAAGGUAUGACCCAAGAAAAACUCAGGUUAUUUUGUACACAAGUGGUAGUCACAGGGAGGGAUUUAGACUACAGGGAUCUGACAGGGACUUUAUAUAUUGGCUAAGUGACCACACCGUCAUCUGGGGCCUUGAUCAAGUUAAGAAUUAUUCUCCAGUCCAGGGGACUUUAAUUCUUGCAGAGACAGAUGACUGCCCACCGGGAUUUUCUCUGCUGAAGAUGGUCACUCCAACAAACUUUAAUCAAGUUGCAAGUUCCUUCGUCAAAAUCAAAGGAGAUAUUUUUAUUUCAAGCUUUACUUUUCGAGAUGUCUUCUGCUCAGCAGUGAUGCCAAAUUCUUCUGUGCACGGACCAUGUGGAAGUGGGAAAUUUGGACCGAUUGAGUAUGACUAUGCUCACUGUUUUUCUUGUGACUUUUGGCCACCUUCUGCCUCAUCCUGGAUUGAUAGAUGUUCAAUUUGGCCUCCUCCUGAAAUUGUUCAUGAAAUUGCCCGAAAAGGAUGCCAUUUUGUGCCUAUAGGACAUAAACGUUCAAAGUUUGAAGAAUUGCAAUGGAGAAUUUCUUUCUCUUUGGCAGAGCAAAAGCUUGUGUACACAAUGAAUCACUGUCAGUUUUUGACUUAUGGCUUGUUAAAAAUGUUCCUGAAAGAAGUAAUAAACACCAAUGAAGAAGAAAAGUUGCUUUGCUCUUAUCACAUGAAAACGGCCGUUUUCUGGGUAAUACAACAAGGUACAAUUGCCACAUGGAGUCCACAGAACUUUCUACACUGUUUUUGGGCCUGCUUCAAAGCCAUUCUAAAAUGGGUUUACUUCGGAGUAUGUCCAAGUUUCUUCAUCCCCGAAAACAAUUUGUUCACCAACAUACAUGGCUGUGCACAAACAAAUCUAUUCAGAAAACUGUAUGGCCUUUUUGAGAAAGGAGUAGAAUCACUUUUGGAUUGUCCAUCACUCAAUUCCUUUCUGCAGAAUGCCCUAAAGAAUCGUGGGAAAUCUCCCUGUACUGACGAGAGCACUAUUAUUUCUGAGGUCGAUUUUGAUAUAUUAUUCUUCAAAGAAAUAUUUGAAAUAGCAUCAUUGGGAAAAUGUGACUUAAGGAAGUGUCUGAGGUACCUUUCCUCUGUAGAAGAUCUCGUAUCAUCACAUUUAUCUGAGUAUCACCUUCUCUGUCUAGAAAAUAUUCUGUCUGUCUCACUUCAGAAUAUACCUUUCUUAUUCCACAACAAGUAUAAAGACGGUAGCAAUAAGAUUUGGUACAUCAUUGACAGAAUUUCUCAUUACAUGGUAAAACUGACAUCAAGAAUUGGGUUUAUGUCUAACACUUUGUUAGAAGCAAUGUACUGCUACAAAACGUUUAGAUAUAAAGAAGCCUUGGCUCUUCUGGAUAAAGUAAAGGUCAAGUUAUCAUGUCCAUACUUAAUGUACUGUCUCUAUGUGAAUGACGAAAAGUAUAUCCAUGCUCUCUUUGACCAUACCCUGACAAUGAAGAUGAGAAAAGCCGUUACCUGGAACGUUAAGCUCUAUAAUUCUAUAACUUAUGUUGAAGAAUUAUCACUAGAACAGAAAGCAAGCAGGCAGGAAAAUUUAUCUACAAUCAACGUCCCGCCUUUUGUUAUGUUGUUAUUUCUGAAAUUUCUAUGUGUCUGGCAAACUAAAGCAAGCAAUUUCCAGAAAGUUUUAACUGAAUUCCACAUUCUACUUGAGAGUGAUAACUCAAUACACGUACCUUCAUGUCUCAAAGACAUAUCCUGGCAAAUGUUAGGAAUUUGUUAUGAAAUGUCAGGAAACUUCAAAACUGCCCUGCAUUGCUAUUCAAAAUCAAUCCAGCAGCAACCUCUGAAUAAAAUUCAGGAAGCUUCGCUCAACAGAGCACGAAAGAUCAUUCCUCAGGUUGAUGGGAUCGAGGAUACAUGAUCGAAAAAAAAUGAUAUAAAAGUGGUUGAAAUGACAUAAAUGACAUAAUGUAACUGAUUUUAAAUAAACAUUUUAGAUGGCAUUAUGUAACUGAUAAAUGAUGUCAAACAAUCUUUAUCUCAUAUUUAAGAAGUUCUACAAUCAAAUGAAAUUUUAAGGACACUGCCUUACAGUAUUAUUCCAGUCAAACUGAAUGUGAGACUCCCAAUUUCUACACCAACCACCAAGAAAGGUCAAACUACCGAAAUCAGUCCAAUAAAAGUCUGGGAACAAAGCUUGCGACAUAGCACUAAUAAUAUUUGGAGAACUAGUAUAUACUGAUCCUGAAGCAAGAAUGA